AUGGAGUCUUUAUACGUGAACUUGGACUUUCGGUAUUUCUUGAAAAACAAGUCCUCAUCAACGGUGUUUGAGACCCACAACCACUUAUGGCGUACCAACCACUUACCACAUUUGAACUAUCCCAAUUGUGAAAUCUUGGACAACUUGUGGGAGUUGCAGGAUGCAGUGCACAAGUUGAAUGCCCAUGAUGGAGGUGAUCAUGUCGACCUUUCGGGGCCCACGGCAGAUUUACCAGUAAUGACGGUGUUUUUCCAGGGUUCCAAAGACUUUGUCAAUUAUGCCAGAGAUAUCAUCUUGGGGCUGUACAAAAAUAUCACUUGCAAAACCAUUGAGUUAGUGCAGCUGCAAGUGACAAAGAUGUCGAAGGAUCCAGAAUUCUUCUGCAGAUUGACCAAGUUGUCGCAAUUGUACAAUGUCGAGAUUAUUGUCAAUCCCACCAACAUGAUGGUCUUUGGGUGCCAGGACAAUGUGACGGUCAUAGACACCGAAUUGAGGGUGUUGGUGGACUCAAUGAUAAACGGUUACUUUAUCGACUCGGUUAACAUCAACUUAUCGCUCCUUCCACUCGUUGGGGGUCCAAGAUUGCUGAACUUCAGCGAAAUCGCCAAACAGCUGAACGCAAAUAUGUACUUACCAGACUUGUUACCUGACUUGUACAACUCUGGAAUCUACUCCGACUACAACGGAUUCAAGAUUUGGAUCACUGCUUCUAAAAUGGUCGAGCUUUUGAGUGCUAAGGCCAUCUUGAACAAGCUUGUCUCCAAUUUGGAGGCUACAUUCUACACCAAGGUGAUCGAGGUGUCCAAAGAAAAGUUGGAUUUGUUGGUAUUGAACCGGGAUUUUGAUUUGUUGAACAUUAUGCUUGAAAACUGCUGUUUCAUCCUGCUACCCAAAUUGGGGGAUUCAAGCAACAAAGUAACGGUUCAAAGUUUCGAUGAAGCCAAUGUUAAUGACGCCAUAAAGGACAUAUAUCUGAUAACAAGCAAGUAUUACAAAUUGUUGAUUAACAAUGAGCACUCUAUGAGAUACCUGCAAAUCACUGACUUGUUGGUGAAGGAGUUCAAGUUGAUUGUCAAGUUGAACUACAGUGGUCUUGAGAUUGUGGGAGAAAACACCGAAGUUAAAAAAUUCUUGGGUGUGAUUAACUCCAACAGCUUGAACUUCAAGAUCCAGUUAUUGAUUGAAAUCAACAGAGACCUGAAAGACUUCAUCAGCGGAAAAAAGAACGGGAAAGUGAUGAAGAUCUUGAACCAGGUAGACGAUGCGUCGGUUGUGAAGUUCUUGGAUUUAAAUGAGUACAAUUUCUUGAUCGAUAUAGUGAUUGAGAACUCCCUAAACUUGAACGGCUUGAUUCAUAUGAUAGAGUUAAUCGAGAACGAGUUGCCAUUUGAAUUAAAGUUCAACAUUCCGGAAAUGUUCCACAAGUCCAUCAUUGGAAACGGAGGCUUAAUUAUCCAGAGCAUCAUGAAAAAGUACAAUGUCUAUAUCAAAUUCUCGAGCCAGAGGAAAGACAGCACUGGCGGUGGAAAUAACUAUUACGGAUUUAAGAGAUUCAAUAAUGUGUUGAUAAAGUGUCCUACCAAGAAUUCGUCCAACAUCCAGUUGGUCAAAGACGAAAUUGACGGUUUGAUGGUGAGCUGUUGUGAAAACAAUUUAAGCCACAACUACUUGAACAAAAAUUUGAACAACUCCAUCUACACCUCAAUUGACUUCAAGUUGUUGAAAUCCCACUACUUGCUAUUGAUUAACAACUUCAAGUUGAAUACCAUGAAUAAUUUGGAGAUUGAACACCAAAGUUUCAUCGACUGGCCCAACUACGAAGAUUUCGGUGACAACCAGUCUAAAGACAUAUCCAUCAAGGGCUCAGACAUCAAGUUGAAGUUCUUCGUCACCAAUUUGAUUAACAGCUUACCCACCAACUAUAAGGUUCUGUUGAACAGACAUCCAAAACUCAACUCGUUGUUGCGGUCUACUAGAUUCACAGAGGAAGUGCUCACACCUAUCAAAUUGUUCCACAACAUGGAAAUGACGUUUUUCGAACGGCAAGCGUCCUUCGAAAUUUGGUUGAGUUUCUACGAUGCUUCAAAGCUUGAAGCAUCCGUGGAGCUUUUGAGCAGUUUCUUUCAACGAGAGAACCUCCUUAUCGUCGAGAAAGCCCCGGCAGACUUUAAUCCCUUGACCAUCAAAUUAAACGACAUGAAACUCGAUAACGACAAAAAGGAACGCAGAAGACCCAAUAAGCCAUUUAGUAAGAUUACCAACGAAGUAUGA